UUUAAUACUCUUUUUUAGCCUUUGUAGUAAAUUUUUUAUUUAUUUCUAGUAUUUACCCACAGAAUAAAAGAUGAGUAAAAAAAGAGAAUGCAAAUUUAAUGAAGAGCUAAGCAGAGAAUUUCCAUUUAUUAAAAAAACCAAAAUAGACUAUAUGGUACGGUGUGAUAAAUGCAAUGCUGAAUUUUCGGUCUCACAUGGUGGAAAAAACGAUAUUACUAAACAUCUAGCGACAAAGAGGCACAAAAGAUUUUUGAAUAAUGCCGCUUCCUCGUCUAAAAUGGAACAGUUUUUUCGCAGUGCUAGCUUUGGCAACACGGAAAAACAGCUAGCAUUAGCGGAAGGGCUAUUUGCUUUCCACACCAUAAACCACAAUCAAAGUUUCAGAUCAAUGGAUUGUACGUCGCAAAUGAUCAAAACAUUAUACGACAAAAAAUUUGCAUGUGCAAGGACAAAAACCGAAGCAAUUAUUUGUAAUGUUUUUUCACCAUAUUCGUUUUCACAAUUGCAGAAAGAAUUAGAAAAAUGCGCAUUUAUAUCCAUAUAUUCUGAUGCUUCCAACCACAAAGAUUUAAAAUUAUUUCCCACAAUUGUUAGAUUUUUUGAUCCAGAAACAGGAAUUAAAAUUAGAAUAUUAGAUUUUGUUUCAUUGCCGGGUGAAACUAUACAAAUAAUUUUUGAUUCAAUAAGUACUAUUUUAAAAAAGAAUAAUUUGGACAAUAAAAUUAUUGCCUAUUGUGCGGAUAACACUAACGCAAAUUUUGGUGGAAAAGCUAGAAGAGGCAUCAAUAACGUUUUUACGAAACUUAACGAACAUUUGAACCAAAAAAUUAUUGGAGUAGGUUGUGCAGCGCACAUUCUACAUAAUACUAUUCAAACAGCAUCUGACUUACUUCCAGUUGAUGUUGAAAAUAUUAUUGCAAAAAUUUAUUCGUAUUUUUAUAUAUAUACUGUGCGUGUUGAAAGUUUGAAGGAUUUUUGUGAAAGCGCAGAAAUCGAAUAUAAAAGAAUUCUUGGUUACAGCAAAACACGAUGGCUAGCUCUUUUACCAGCUGUAGAAAAUAUUUUAAAAAUAUACGAACCAUUAAAAUCAUACUUUUUAUCACAAGAUAAAUGUCCAAGAAUAUUGCAGCUCUUUUUUGAAAAUGACACAUCACAAAUUUGGCUUCAGUUCAUCCACAACCAAGCUACAUUAUUUCACAAUGCUGUGAAAAUUAUUGAAGGGGACAAAAUUUCAAUUACGGAAGUGUCAAAUGAAAUCAAUAAUUUAAAAACAAAAUUACAAGAAAGAAUUGAUAACGAUUACAUUCCUUUAAUUAUUCGAAAAGACAUCACUAGGUUGGAAGAACAAGGUGCCAUUAAACGACCUGAUUUUCUGAAACAUGUCAAAAAUUUUUAUAAUAACUGCUUGGAAUAUCUUGAAGAAUGGACAGUUCAAUUCGAAGAUAUUAAAAAUUUUCAUUGGGUGACAUUAAAAAAGGAGAUUUUAUGGGAAUAUGUGGAAAAAUCUUUUGAAUAUAUUAGUAACCAUUUUCCGAAAAAUAAUAUUUGCGAAAAUGAUCUUUUUGAUGAGGUGUCAUUGGUAAAAAGAUAUGUUACAGAUGAAAAAAUUAAAUGUUGGUUGUCUGCAAAUGUGGAAACAGACAAAAAAUGGACGGAGUUAUUCCUUCAUUUUAAACAGAAUAAUAUUCCUUAUCAAAAUAUUUUGAAAAUUGUAGAAUUCGCGCUCUCCCUUCCAGGAACAAAUGCAGCAACAGAACGUGUUUUUUCUAGUAUCAGUAAAAUAUGGAUAACUGAAAAAACGCAGUUGAACAUUAAAAUUUUAAAAUCUAUAUUAAGUGUAAAAUAUAAUUUGACCAAUUCAUGUGAAAUAUUUCACGACAUUUUAAUACAUGAUCCGAAUCUAUCGCAAAGUAUUCACUCGGAUCAAAAAUAUGACCGUGAAAGAAAAUCAUAAAUUUUUUUAAAUAAAAAAUUUAAUUUG